AUGGCCACGCUUCUGGAUUCGUGGGCGGUCAACAUCGACGAUACGGUGGCAGUGUUAGUUCAUGGCUACUUCUCAAGUCGCGUCAUUUCUAACGUCGCACUGAACAAGCUAACUAACCAAUCAUCGACCUAUCUCCCUUCCUCGCUGGCUGUGGACGGAUUUGUCGACCCUCCAACAUGUAUGUCUACCUCAGGGACUGGCUAUCAGUGGUGGCAGGUUGACCUCGGAAUAGUCUACACGAUAACAAACGUGUCCAUCCAAAACAAUAUUGAUGAUUCCGACGGAUUGAGAAAUUUCACUGUAGAAUUGUCCGAAACGAACACGCCUGACGUGAGUGGUCAUCUUCUUAAUGCCAGUCUGUGCUACAACUUCACCGAGUCUCAAGCCCCCGGCGGUCAAAUAAUCACUUUAUCAUGCCCACAUGACACGAUCGGCCGCUACCUAAGAAUUUCCAAGGAAGACGGAGCUUUGACCUUCUGUGAGGUGGUUGUUGAAGUAUACAGAAAUGAGUGCAAUUUGGCUGACAUAGCAUUAAACAAGCCGGCAACCCAGUCGUCCUUGAAGUAUGGAGGGGUCGCAGGAAGGGCUGUGGAUGGAAAUCUCAAUCCAGUCUACAAUGGAGCUCCCCUGAUGAAAGAUUUCAUUAUAGAAAUAUCAGAGACUACCGCGAUUGGGACAAAUGGUCAGUUAAAAAACAGCAAGCUGUGCUACAACUACACUGACGCUCAUGUACCUUCUGCUGAACUGAGGACUCUGACUUGCCCCAUUGACACCGUCGGUCGCUACCUCAGGAUCACAAAGUCAUCCAGUCUUUUAAUCCUAUGCGAAGUCAUCGUAGAAGGUAAACCGGUUUCCUGUCUCGACACUACCUGUCACAAGAUGCCAACAAUCAGACAACGUGACGACCAAUCUCUGACGGAAAUUGUAAUGGAGUUGAAAAAACUGAUGUCCGGAACCGGAACGGAUCUGCAUGAUGAAACGGAGGAUGAGCGUGUGGAAUGGUUCAAACAGUGA